UCAAUCAAGAAAUGUCACAAUGGGCUUUUUUGGCCUGGUGCCCGUGUUGUACUAGGGUUAUUGAUGGACAUAGUGAGCUCAUCCACUAGAGCAUCAAAGUAUGCUUUUCUGGAGAUGCAAAACCUUAAAACAUGAUUCCAGAAAUAAUUGUAUCUCAAGGAAGACGUUAUUAAGUCAACCGAAAGGCGAACCCACGACUGGCCCUGGCUGCGACUUGAAACUACUGACGAGCCUUGGGUCUGCCUCAUGAUGCUCAUCCUGGAUGGCACUGGUGAGCAUCCAGGCUGUUCUCCAACAGGCCUCGGGGCGGUCUGCUACUAGAGGUUCCUACUGGUCCCCUCCCGCCCUGAGCCAUGGCUCAAAAGAAGGAGCCUCCUUUCUUCAACAAUGACCAUCUUGGUGCAGUCCCUUACAAGCUGGCCUUCUAUGAGACUAUGGAGCUCUUCAUAGAGACACUGACUGGCACCUGCUUUGAGCUGCGUGUCUCACCCUUUGAGACAGUCAUAUCUGUGAAGGCAAAGAUCCAAAGGCUUGAAGGUAUUCCAGUUGCUCAGCAACAUUUGAUCUGGAACAAUCUGGAGCUGGAGGAUGAAUACUGUUUGCAUGACUAUAACAUUGCAGAGGGCUGCACUCUGAAGUUGGUCCUUGCGAUGAGGGGAGGGCCCAUCAACACUAGAAGAGUGACGGUGGAUAACUCGCUGAAGGAGAUGGCUGAGUACAUGGAGGCGAGCCGAGAGGAGGUGUGGGAGAAGGCCGUGCCCAACAAACAGGUCACCUUCCUGGUGUACCGCGAGGGAGACCAGCUCAACUUUUUCCGGGUGGUGGAUCGAGGAGAUGGCACGCUCACCCCAGUGUCAGAGUCCAUAAGCGGGGGCUCUGUGUACAACGUCUACGCCGAAGAGGAGGAGGAGGCCGAUGGCGUGGCCAUGGGCCAGCAGGCGCUGGAGAACUCCAUCACCAUGACCAAGAUGAAGCUCCUCAAGGCCAAGAUGGAGAACAUGAACCUCAGUAAAAAGCCUAAGAAGAGUGCUAAGCUGAAGCCCAGGCCACCUGGGGGCCCACGCGCCUGCAGCAGCUCCUUCCCUCCUGGGCGCCACCACCACCGCCUCCUCAGGGUCCAUCCUCAAGGCGGCCAAUCGCACGCCACCACAACGCAUCUACCUCCAAUUGAAAACCAGCAGCAACCUUCCGACCCCGGCCCCUCCUUCUCUGCGGCUCUGUCCGCCCACAUGCCUCUGUCCUCCCUCCCUGAGUGUGCCUCGACUGGACAGGCCUUGCCGCUGUUCGCCGGCUCCAACUGUUACAUGCUCCAGGAGGAGGAGUCGUGGGAGUGCCCGGUCAGCAAAGUCCGGCCCCCUCCCAAAGUGUCUCGGCUGGACAUGGGCGGCUCCAAGUUGUGUCCCCUGUCUCUGUGCCCGAGCGGUGUGCUGCCUGAGGGUUCCGUGGGCGACUUGGACCUCAAGGGCAGAGGGCUGGCGCUUCUGAACGAGGCGUCUCUGCCCGAGAAGCAGAAGCUGGUCCCCCUGAGCGACCUGCUCCAGGAGCCACUGAGCUUGGAGCUGCCGGCGCCCAAGGAGGGCUCCAUGGAGGCGCUGGGGGCCGUGGCCAAGCAGCUCCCCGCGGCACCCCUGCUCUCGGAGGCAGUGGCCUCCAGCUCCGCGGGCGGCUGGUCCGUCGGGGCCAAGCACGUGUCCGACGGGGCGCGGCUGAGCGCGCUGCACCUCCCCACGGAGCCACCGGCGGCGUCCUCCUCCUCCUCUUCCUCCCCGUCCAGCCAUCGCCUCCUGCAGCCUUUCGACUUCACCGGAGCCUCCCUGCGCUCCAACCCGCCGCACUGCCGCCUGCCGCUCGACGACCGCCACCCUCACGGCUCCCCCGUGCCCCCGAACGCCACCUCCCCCACCGCCCAGUUCGGCGCCCCCUCCCGGAGCGUCCUCUCCCGGACCGAAGCCAGGGACAUCACCAAGAUGGCCAACAAGGCCGCCAAAGAGCCACUGGGCUCGGUGAGCAGCGCCGAGCUGCUGGCCUCCCUGGCACGGCGCAGCGGCGGUGGCAGCAAUGGGGGCCGGGAGGGGCCCUUGGGAGCAGCGGCGGCGGCGCCGCCCCGCGUUCUGGAACGUCUGGAGGGGAUCUGCGGGCCUGAGCCCCAGCUACAGGCACGUCUCCAGGCCAGCCUGCAGGAGCUGCAGCAGGACCUACUCCGCCGAAUCUGCCCCCUGCAGCGGCCGGCCGUCUCCCACCCGUCCGUCAACAGUCUGGGUGCAUCAGGACCUUCAAGUAUCAUACGGAGAUUAGGCACUCCAACAUAUCACCUCCCGCCAGUGAAGCCCCCUCUGAGCUCUAAGAAAAAGAGCUCAAAGCACUGCUUCUUCUGUGGCAAGAAAACUGGGCUAGCCACCAGCUAUGAGUGCAGGUGUGGCAACAACUUCUGUGCCUCACACCGGUACGCAGAAACCCAUGACUGCACCUACGACUACAAGACAGCUGGUCGGCGUCUUCUGCAGGAGACCAACCCCAUCAUCAGUGCCCCAAAGCUGCCCAAGAUCUAAGUCAGCUGACCCGUGCUGUUAUGGGGCGCUCACGAGAAGGGGAAACCAAGAGAAACGAUUUAGAGAAUAUCAAACAUUUAAAACAAAGAACAUAAACUUAAUCACCGACGUGUGCUUUUUCUUCACCAUAUUUGUGUAAAGCUACAGUAUGUAAGGGAUUUUUUUGUUGUUGUUGUUAUAUGACAUGCUCAAAAACCAUAUCUUAAUACGGUUGUGCAUUUCCAAAGGCUUCAGUAAGAUGAGCUCAUUGAAGAGUUUGGGCCACACUACAGAGAACCUCGCCUCUGAAGUUUCACAGCAAGCCUUGGUCUCUAACACAUCAGACACUCAGAGAAGCUCAGAGUCAGGGACUGGGCCUUCAGGAUUUCAGCCAGACUGCAGAUGAUGGGCUGGAGUGUGAGGAACGAGGGCUGGUAGAAGCCUGAUUUAGCCCUGCACUGCUAUCUCAUUCAUUUUCAUCGAAUUCAUUUGGAUUUGAAAUGUUCCACUAGAUGCAGCCUGGCCAGGGAUGUUGAUGAUGAAUCAACAUCUUUGAUCAAAAUUAAACUUAAAUGAUCAGAUCAGAUUGAAGCUCCCACAGCAAAGACUUAAUUUGUAAGAUUCAAAUUCAGGAUAGUACAUAAACCCAUAUCUGUUGGCCCAUAUCCUGCAAUUUAACCAUGACAUUUCUUCACUCAAGAAGACCCAAGAAACUUUCUGUUCAGAUAUGUAGAUUCAGAUUGAUUCAUGAACCAGUUCUCAAAAUGGUAACAUGCUAACAUUUUCAAAAGCAGCCAUUUUGUCAUAUUUUAAAUUAAAGCAUUUCCUCUUGUAAACACUCCCAAUAGAUCACUGAUAAAUUGGUCAGAAAUAUGGUUUAGCAAGCUUAUCAUUGACAGUUUCCUGAUUUGUAAUCUAAAAAAAAAAACUGAGGUACAGGAGUUUAGGCAACACCAGGCAAAUGUUGAUUAGAAAGUCUUACAUAUUGUAGCUUUAGGAAAUUACAUGUUAAAAUGGAAAACAAAAAACUAGCACACCCGCAUUAGCGGAUCACAUCCACUACAAUGUGAAAAACAGUCCAGUGUUUUUCAGCAAAAAAGAGUAAUGACACAUUUAGCUUGUACAUAGGUAGCUAUUUUAAGAUGGUUAAGCUGAUUAAAUGCACGACUCCAAACAUAAAUAUGAAAUAAUCUGUUUUUGUUUCUUAAAAUAGGACUGAAGCUCACCUUUCAUGAAACCGGUCUUUGAGAGAUGCACUUUAGAAAUAAUGAAUAUUUAUAUAAAUGUUUGACUUUCUUGGGGGAGGCAGGGGACUUGGGGUUAUUGCGUUGGUCUUUGUGCUUAAGUGUUUUUCUGCUGACUGUUUUGAUACUCGAGCCUUCACUCUCUACCCCAUCUCUCUGGCCUAGCAUCUCCACACGGCUGCUCUGUAAGACAUGAGGGGGGACUGAGGCACAGAGGCUGUGCUGCUACACUCUCUCUCAAAUGACCUUGCAAGGUUGUCCUGCCUUCACAGAACAAGUACGCAAUUUGCAGACGUGACUUGUACUGUAUUUCAUCUAGGUAUUGUAAAUUGUAUGCGCCCACUGUAUGCAUACCGCAGCUUUUACAAGGGCAUGGUGUUUGAGGAUGGGGAAAUUAUGCUGGUUGCCAUAGUAAUUUCGUUUUAUUCUGAUUUAUCUUGCUUUUUUAUUGCACACAUAAGAAUCUGCUGUUAAUUGCUUCAACUUUUUCAGGACUGUUAAGUAAUUAUUGAAGGUUUAAACAAAUAAAAUGUAUGUGUUUGCAUAGA